AUGGCUGAUAACCAAAAUCAACCACAAAAUCAAGUUCAGCUUCAUGAGCUAGUAUCGCAGCCAAAUCAACCGAGAGCUAACCAGAGCGAAGCUCCUGUCUUAGUUGGAGAUUACAUUAAUCCAAUUCCCGUACCAGUGCAACAUGUUGUGGUAUACCCUCCCUUUGGACAACCUAAUUUCCACCUUCGACCAGACGUCAUCAAUUUGUUCCAAAAUCACCAAGACAUUAGGUUCUUUGGAAAAGCCAAGGAAAAUCCUCAUGAGCAUAUUUCUGCGUUUCUCAUGUUAUGUGAAGUGAUCAGUCACGAAGGGAUAUCAGCAGAUGCAUUCCGAAUGAGAUUAUUCCCUCACACCUUGAAGGACGCUGCUAGAAAAUGGUUUCUUUGUUUACCACCAGGGAGAAUUCAAUCAUGGAACGAUAUGGUUCAAAAAUUCACGAUAAAAUUCUUUCCACCUUCUCGAAUUCACCAAAUUAGGAAUGACGUUCACACCUUUAGGCAGAAAGAUUUAGACAGCUAUCCUGAGGCAUGGGAAAGGUUCAAGAAUUUUUUAAGAAAAUGCCCCAACCUUGACAUUCCCAAGCAGGCUCAGCAAUAUCUUUUCUACUACAGUCUAAAACAGGAGUUCAGAAAUAUGAUAGAUGCUUCAGCAGGAGGAUCAGUGAUGAAACUUGAUGUGGAUGAAGCAUAUGACCUGUAUGAAAAAAUAGCUAAAAACCAAUUGAUGUGGCCAACCGAUAGGGAAGCUCCAUGGAAAACAUCAGGGUUACACAACGUAGAUGCAGUAACAGCACUGGUCGCGCAAAUGGAAGUUCUUACAAUGAAAAUGGACAAUCUAUCUAAGUUAGUCAACAUAGUACACCAAUCGUCACAUGUUUGCGAAGGCUGUGGAGCGGAUCAUGCUAGUACACGCUGCCCUUUGGCGUCUACACAUGUUAAUCAAUCCGAAGAAGGAGGAAGCAAUCAGAAUAAACCACCAGGGUUCCAACAUCAACAACAGCAAGGGAAAAGGCCAUUGUUGGAAGAUUUGCUGGCUCAAUACAUUACUAAAACUGAGACCAACUUUCAAAACCAACAAGCGUCCAUCAAGAAUUUGGAACAACAAGUUGGACAAAUUGCAGCCGCACUAUCAGGUAGAGCUCAAGGGACAUUGCCCAGCAAUACUGAAACAAAUCUUAAGGAGUAG